UAUCGGGGUCUGUUAGACUUGAACUUUUAAAAAGAGGGUAAAGGAUUCAGAUUUUGAGACUCAAUUUCCAGGGGCUCUUUCUAAACUGAGAGGAGAAGGAAAGGUAAGAAAGGCAGGAAAAAGGAAGAAUGAGUUCAACCAAAUCGCCUACAUCUCACCACACAGAGAGAGUAUGCUUCAAAAACUCCCAAGUGCUCUCAUGGACUAUGGCUGGGGCCUCCAUUCUGUUUCUCAGUGUCUGUUUCAUCACCAGAUGUGUCCUAACAUAUCGCAGCUUUCAAAUUUAUGAGCAGAAGUUACAGCCACAUGAAACUAUCAAGGAGCUUUCCUGCUACAAUGAAGCAUCAGGUUCAGUCAAGAAUUGUUGUCCUUUGAACUGGAAACAUUUUCAAUCUAGUUGUUACUUUUUCUCUAUGACAACCUUGACCUGGUCAUCAAGUUUAAGGAAUUGCUCAGACAUGGGUGCUCACCUGGUGGUUAUCAACACACAGGAAGAACAGGAAUUCCUUUUCCACACAAAACCUAAAAGGAAAGAGUUUUAUAUUGGACUGACAGACCAGGUAGUGGAGGGUCAGUGGCGAUGGGUGGAUGAUACACCUUUCACAGAGUCCCUGAGCUUCUGGGAUGCUGGAGAGCCUAACAAUAUAAUUUUAGUGGAAGACUGUGCCACCAUAAGGGACUCUUCAAAUUCCAAAAAGAACUGGAAUGAUGUACCCUGUUUCUACAGUAUGCCUUGGAUUUGUGAGAUGCCAGAAAUAAGUCCUUUGAACUAAGUGCAAGAGAACAGAGGGAACAUGGUUUACAUGCAUGAAGAGCAACGAGAGUAAAUAUAACAACACCCAAAAUUCAACAUAAGAAAAUGUCUGUCAGGCAUCAGAAGGGCUGCACAUGUAUGUGUUACUCUGACUUGUAUCCGGUAAAAAUACAUGGUAUUGUCUGAUGGUCUCACCAUAACCUGCAAGUCCUCUUCUCAGACUGUAAAAAGUAAUUCUCUAAUAAAUGAAGCAAGAGGAAAGGUACUCUCCUUUUCACAUCUGUCUUGCCCAUGGGAAUUGAUAUGAAGGGACAGGUAGAGAGCAUGUACCCAGUCCAGCAAAGAAGACAUCUGUAGAAAGAGACUUUUGAUGGUCACCACAUCAUCCUCUUCUACAUCCUUGGUUCUUGAGCUUAUCCCCUCAAGCCAUCGAUGCAUAGGUCUCUUCUGUGUUCUCCAACAGUGAGGAAGAUGCAUCUUUGUGUCUUAAAACUUACCGGAUACUUGGGAGAAAGGCGUGUCCUACAGCAAGCACAUCUCCUUAAGGAAAGGCCAGUCAAACUUCAGCUCCUAAUAUAUUGUGGUCUAGCCCACAGUUCUGGGACCCCCAUUUCUCUGUGUUCUCUUCUAUUAACUGGAUUUCACCUGUACUUGUAUCUACUGCUCAAGUAGAACCAGGAAUCAAAGUGAAAUUAUCCUUUAAAAAUUCAGUUUCACAUUUUUACAUCUUAAGACUCUGCACUUAUUGCAUGAUAUUCUGUCAAUAUACACCUUGUUUCUUUCAAACAGAGUCCCAAAGGGAUCUUAAGCAGUGUUCACAAAUUGUAAUAAAUAUGUAUCCUUGAGUUGGGAAGUUAAACUAAAUAAAUUAAUUCGAUGUAUUAGCAUUCUUUACAAGCAUUUCUAUCACACAUUUUAACACUCUGAUUUUAAAAUUAAUAACCUAUAAACACAAAGAAAUCU